ACCGUUAGGACUGUUCCUGUACGGCAUUUACCAGCACGAAGUCCUGGCGGGGAACCAGAUUAUCAGACCUCCUCAAUUGUGAUGCCAUAUAGAGUCUGCUGUCCCCAUCCCGCAUUCCUGUCUCUCGAUGCAGCUGUUUUUCCUUGGCUGGUGCAAGGAAAAAUUGCUUCAAGUCUAGAUGGCUGAAGACAGAGGACCCGAUGUUGCUGCUGUCCUUGGACUUUUCCUCGGACUCGCAUGGAUCUUCUUUUCCAUGCGAUUAUAUGUCAAAACAUUUAUCAGGAAGAGCUGGGGUUCGGACGAUCUUCUACUUUGCGUCGCGAUUUUGUUCUAUACUGCGUAUUGUACAUCUGCAGCAGUCGGUGUGAAAUAUGGAACUGGGAGGCAUAUCGUCAACAUCCCGCCAGAAGAUCUCCCUCGAGCGCUCUGUGCCUGGUGGCUGUGCGAACUCUUCUACACGCUCUCUACUCUCUUCUGUCGUUUCUCGAUUGCCGUGUUCCUUCUCAGGCUAUGCGUUAUACGGAUACACAAAAUUAUCAUCUAUGGCUCCAUGGCGAUGAUCCUCGCCUACUCGAUCUUUUAUUUCUUCCUUGUCUUGUUUCAAUGCUGGCCUGUUAGUUAUUUCUGGAAUGAAUACAAAGGCAUGAAAGGAUCCUGCAUCAACCCAGCAGCGGUACCUGAUGCAAGUAUUGCCCAUUCCGCAGUCUCGUUUUCGGCCGAUUGGGUCCUGGGAUUAUUGCCCAUUGCUCUGAUCUGGAAGCUUCAGAUGAACCGGCGCACCAAAAUAUCCGUGGCAGCCAUCCUCGGAUUGGGACUUCUUGCCGGAAUCGCCACCAUGAUUCGCGUUCCCUACAUCAAAGUGCUCGCCCUGACAGACGAUUUCCUCUUCGCAACAACAGACGUCGCCAUCUGGUCCACCGUCGAGCCCGGUCUCGGCAUCGUCGCCGCGAGCGCCAUCACCCUCCGACCCCUAUUCCGCUCCUUGCUCCCAUCCUCCUCGGCCGACCGAACCCCCGACGACAAGCCCAGCGCCAGUCCCGGCGGCUACGUGCAAACCGGCAGCACGACAGCUUACACGCGGGGCAGUUCCCGCACGGCGGGCGGCCCCGAAGGCGGUAUCGCGCUGCGUGACGAUCUCGCGAAGCCGGAUCCCGUGCUGGUCAAGUAUUCGCGGGGGAAAUGCCGCUGGGCGGAUUCGAGUGAGGAGAUCGGCUUUGCGAGGAGUGGGGACGAGCAGCAGGGGGGCAUUCAGGUCUGGAGGGAGGUCGAGGUUAGGAGUGAUGAGGGGACGUACGAGGAUUCGAUGGCGAGCAUGAGGCACUCGGAGUGGGAGAUGAAGAAGAGCUCCAAGGAUAUGGUAUAGGGAUACCGCGGUGAAGUGCAGGACAUAAGUGGUUAUUGUUUAUUUAUUUAUUUGGCGUUUGUGGAAAGAUAUCGCGGGUUAGGGGGGAAGGGGGUAGGGUGGAAAUGUUACGAUAAAGACAAAGGUUCGGAUGUAUGGGAUAGGGAAAUCGGCUGGACAGGUCUAGCAGGCUGGAUCUAGAAAGCUGUUGGGUUCAUAAGGAGAUACGAUAGAUACCUGU